AUGGAUUCAAACAAUCCGUAUGGGGGUUCACCUGGAUACUUUAGCUUAAACAAUUUUCCUUAUGAAAACUUCUCCCAAAAUGUCAACUUUGGGUCUACUCCUCCCACCCAAUUCCAACCUUUUAGCCAACAACCAUCUCAAGGAAGCCAAAAUCCUUCUCUUAACCAAAACCCUUCUCCUAGCCAAAACCCUUCUCAAACCACCCCAAAUGCGUCUAGGGAGAGACGGCAGUGGAACACUUCUAAUGAUCUAGUGUUGAUCAGUGGGUGGCUUAACACAUCAAACGAUGUGAUUGUGGGCAAUGACCAAAGGUCAGGCACCUUUUGGAAAAGGAUUUCUGACUAUUAUGGAGCUAGUGAACAUGUGUUGAAUGGUGCAGAACCAAGACGGCCUGAUCAUUGCAAGCAAAGAUGGGGAAGAAUAAACAAAGAGGUCAGCCACUUAUGUGGAGCUUAUGGUACUGCUGAGGGGGGGAAAUCAAGUGGCAUGAAUGAUGUAGACGUUCUCAAGAAUGCUCAUACAAUCUACAUGUCACUUUACAAGAAAAAGUUUAGGCUUGAGCAUGCAUGGGUGGAGUUGAGACAGGAACAUAAAUGGUGUAGUCUAGGUGUCAUGAACCCUAGUAGCAACACAUCAAGCAAGAGAAUGAGAAGUGAGGAUGCUCCACCAUCUUCUGGUUCAGUUGCAAAUGAGCCAGAGAGCAGGGCUGAAGGUGUUAAGGCAAUGAAAGGUAAAAGGUUUAGGGGAAAAGAUAAAGCUGCACCUUCGAAAGACUAUCCUCAGCUGUGGGAGAACAAACAAAAAGAUAAUGAGGCCAAGAAGGAACUCCAGAAGAUGUCAAUUCUUGACACUCUUUUAGCCAAGACCCAGCCAUUGGAUGAAGAUGAACUUGCUCUGAUGAACAACUUCAUGGCUGAGCUUUUCUACGUAGCUAACAUGUCUAACAUGUCUAAGUCUAAGUAUUAUCAGUUGUCUGUGUACUGUUCUUGUUUAAUAGCUAUUCUAAGUAUCUUCUGUGUAAUGAAUCAGAUGUUGUGUUUAUGUCUUUAA